ACGCUCCAAGCCCUGGAACGUCUGGCUUUGGUGAAGAAAAGAAAGGGCGAUCUGGAACGAGCGGAAUCCCUGCAAAUGGAGGUGGCAGAAGGAUUUUCUCGUGCUCUCGGCGCGGAGAACCGUUACACGAUCGAAGCUGUCGAGCGCCUUGCGCAGACCUAUCGGGACCAAGGACGUUACGAAGACGCAGCCAAGACGCAGCUUAAGGCUCUGGAAUCGAGGCGGAAACAGGAAGCUCGUCACCCGAGACAGACCCUCCUGGCUAUGGUCAGACUGGCCCAAAUCUAUCGGCACCUCGAGCGUCUGGAAGAAGCUGAAAAGCUGAUGACAGACGCAUUGGGAGGACGACGGGCGCUGCUGGGAGACAAGCAUCCACAGACACUCGAUGCUGUCGGCGAGCUUGCUCUGAUCUACUGGCAUCGGAACGACGCCAAACAGGCCAAGAAGCUUAGAAAAGAAUGCAUCGAGGGUUUGGAACAGGCCCUGGGAGAGACGCAUUCUUUCACUUUGGCGGCUGCCGGUCGCCUA